CGCACUGUGUCGUAAAACACGUAUGUGGCCGUCGUCGUCGUAGUCGUCCUCGUCGUAUCUUAUAUGUACUACAGGGUGAGCCAUAAGUGGAGCGACUCACCAACGGAUCCGUCCGUGGCUACGUCGUUCUCCUGAACGCUCGCCUUACAUAUUCGACUCAUGUACGAUUGAAAAAAGAUCGAACGAGAUCUCGACCGCGUCGGCCAAGCUCGACCAAGCCGCGGAUACGUUCUCGCGUUCGGUGAUCGCCGAGCGCCUGGCUGGCUGACGGUCUCACCGUCUCGUGACUCACCCCGUACAUAUAUACGUGCGUACGCGUGAUACGUUGCGCUCGUUAGCAUCCGCAGGCCGCGCGUUAUUACGAAAAAAAUCGCCAGAUAAAAGUUUGCCAACGACAACGCGGAUAGAACGUGUGCAUCGUGUGUACUCCGUUCGUGGAAAUUUGGUGUGACACGCAGCACGCAGGUGACACACAUCACACACAUUUUUAUAUAUAUAUAUAUAUAUAAUAUACCAUAUAUAUAUAUAUAUACACACACAAAUAUAUACAUACAUACAUACAUACACACACACAUACGCACGUACGCACGCACGCAGCCGUCGCUUGCAGGCAGUCACCGUCACCACAGCAGUAGUCAGGGCAGCAGAUCUCAACGCACGUUCUCGUAUGCGCACAUCCGAGUGAAAUUCUUCAAACACCGCUCGGACUCUCUUUGCAUGCUGCUUCUCCCGUAUAUCUACCUGCACUCGCGACAUUGAAACGGAAAUCGAGCUGUCACUGUCGAUACCGACAUCGAGCACUAACCACAUUUAGGGGAUGUCAUGUCAUAGCCAUGAUUGAGAAAGUUGCUUUUUGGAAGUAAUUAGUUAUAAUUUUUUUCUUUCAAAAGGUGCGUACAUUCUAAGAAAACAUGCCUCUGUUCGGAAAGUCCCAGAAGAGCCCGGCGGAGGUGGUGAAGGCCCUCAAAGAGGCUGUGAACGCGUUGGAGCGCGGCGACAAGAAGGUAGAGAAGGCGCAAGAAGACGUGAGUAAGAAUCUAGUGCACAUUAAAAACAUGCUGUACGGUACGGCGGAGACGGAACCGCAGGCAGACAUCGUGGUGGCGCAGCUCGCGCAAGAAUUGUACAACAGCAACCUGCUGCUCCUGCUCGUGCAGAAUUUGAGUCGUAUCGACUUCGAGGGAAAGAAGGAUGUCGCACAGGUCUUCAACAACAUUUUACGGAGACAAAUUGGAACUAGAUCACCCACCGUAGAAUACAUAUGUACCAAACCUGAAAUUCUUUUUACACUUAUGUCUGGGUACGAGCAUCAAGAUAUCGCGCUCAACUGCGGCACGAUGUUACGAGAGUGCGCGAGAUAUGAAGCUCUGGCCAAAAUCAUGAUCUACUCGGAUGAUUUUUACAACUUCUUCAGAUAUGUUGAGGUCUCCACGUUCGAUAUCGCGUCUGACGCUUUCUCUACGUUUAAAGAAUUACUUACGAGGCACAAAAUACUCAGCGCCGAAUUCUUAGAGAUACAUUACGAUAAGGUUUUUUCGCAUUAUCAGAGGUUACUCAAUUCAGAAAACUACGUAACACGACGACAGAGUUUAAAACUGUUGGGCGAACUAUUGCUCGAUAGACAUAAUUUUACAGUUAUGACACGAUAUAUAUCAAAUCCAGAUAAUUUAAAAUUAAUGAUGAAUAUGCUGAAGGAGAAAUCUCGCAAUAUACAGUUUGAAGCUUUCCAUGUCUUCAAGGUAUUUGUGGCGAAUCCCAACAAACCGAAACCCAUUCUGGACAUAUUACUCCGCAAUCAGGAGAAGCUGAUUGAGUUCCUGACGCGCUUCCACACGGAUCGUUCCGAAGAUGAACAAUUCAACGAUGAGAAGGCGUAUCUGAUUAAGCAGAUCAAAGAACUUAAGUCUGUACAUGAUAAUUAAGUCAAGGAAAAUACAAUUAUUACUACCGCUACGACUAA